UUCCGGCGGCGGGACGGUGCCGGCGGCGGGCGCCAUGGGGAGCCGCGAGCAGGUUUUGAAGCUUUUUAAGUUGUUACACAGAACACGGCAAGAAGUUUUCAAAAAUGAUACCAAAGCCCUCGAAGCUGCAAGACAAAAGAUAAAUGAAGAAUUCAGAAAUAACCGAGACGAGACAUCUGAAGAGAAGAUCAAUGAGCUUCUUAAAAUAGCUUCAGAUGUUGAAGUGAUUCUCAGAACUUCUGUUAUUCAGGCGGUCCACACAGAUUCUGACAAAAUAGUACUCAUACCCAGGAAAGAUCUGCUACAAGACAACACUCCUUACUUAGAUAAACCAACAAAAAAGCAAGAAUCCUGAGGAAAUAUUGUUACCAGGAAAAAAGAGACUGAAAUCAACUCAUUGAUUUUAUUGAGAGCUGGAUUAUCAUAAUGCACUUAUUCUGUGGAAGAUAGUUAAUACUUUCACAGAACUUAAAAGUGCACUCAUUAAUUGUGUUACUUCAGCCAGGAAUGUUUCUGAUUAUGACAGCUCUCAGACAGAGAUUGUUUCCCAGCAAUCAGAGUUUUUCUAAGCUAUAUAAAAAUUAAAUUGAGUACUUAAUACUGAUAAUAUUUAUUUUUAAGUUUCUUGUCAAUCAUAAGCUUUUUUGAAGUAAUGAAAAAUUAUCUUGUGGCAUUUAAUGUUAAAUUUAUGCUUUGCACCAAAAGCAUGAUUUCUGAAGUUGUCAUUAAUUGUACACUAGCAUACUGUGAUGCUUGAGUGAGUUCUUAAAGGCUUAUCUGAAUAAAUUAUUUGUGUUUUA